AUAGCAAACCAGAAAGGGCGCUGUCUAAAUAUACAGCAACACUAGAAUUGCUUUUCAAUAAUGUUUUCAAUCCUUUUAUAUGCAUUCCUACUCCAACUCGCUUGGUGCCCCUCAGCCUGCGGACACCUUCAAGCAAUUUGUUCGUCCGACAUGACUGUAAAUUCAAAUGUCCAUAGUGAUGUAAUAGAGAUCACUGGAAAAUUCUCCGCCGAAAUUUAUAUAAUACGUAGUUGCACUUUGAAGCUGGACAAACCUAGGAGCUUUUUGCGUAUAAGAACUAUUAGGAUGGACAACAACAAAGGUUUCUUGCAAGCUUCUGUGUAUCAGAAAGGUAUAUCAUCUCCUCUCGGCCAUUUAGAUUUUUCAGAGCCAACACCAGUUUGGCGCACUCUCAACAUUUGUCCAACCGGUUUGACCAAUGAAAAAUUGUUAUCAGUGGUGGGAAAAGGCAGAGGACUGUCUUUUACAGUGCAAAUAGCCGAAAGUGCAUCAGAAAUCAUGUUAGAUGAACCACGCACAGUCAAUGUACAGAGAAAUGAGGUGAGCGUGUUUCAGUUCAUUCCACCUCAAGGUAUCUCUGAUAAACAACUGGACAUCACCGCUACGUCUCAGUCAAACCUUGCUGCCUACUUGAAAGUAUCACAAACGUGUGAAGAUGUCAGUGAAAACUUACAAGUUGUUGACUACAAAAAGAAAUCCCUGCGACUUUCUUUUGCCACAAAAGGACGGUUUACUUUAUCCAAAGUUUCUGUUCCCCCGUUAACCGAUUCCGUCUCCAGAUGGUUCAUUGGAAUUGGUCUGAAGAACAUAUCAGGUGACGUCAAAGUUAAAGAGUCAAAAAACGUCACUUUGAAGUUGACAAGGUCGUUCAAUUAUAGUUAUGCCUCGCCCAUUUGUGCCCUGUUUUUUGCGUCAUUUGGGGUUGGUAUAUUAGUGUCUCUCUGCGCAUUUUUUCUCUUCAAAGGGUCUCUCGUAGAUCCAGCCGAUGAGCAGUUCAAAACUGAUACUUGUAAUUUUUCAUGUUGUGACUUGUGGGAGGUAAUCAAAGAUCACUGGUUUUCGUUUGGUCCAAAGACCUAUUCCUACAUUACAGGUAUUGUAGGCAACGUGCUUAUAGUAGGCGCUUUUCAAUUUGUUUUUGCAAACUGGUAUACCAUGAUACAAGAAGGUGACAGAGAUAACUGUUACUACAACGACUUUUGUUACAGAGUUGUCAGUCAUGAUAUUCCAUUUAAUUUAAUGAUAAGUAACUUAUCUUACAUAAUCCAUGGCCUAAUCUUAGCUGUGUGGGUACUGAUAAUGGAAACCAAGCUGCUUCUUCUGUUUAAAAGUCACUCCAAAGAGUUUCAGAAACACCCCAAGCUACCAGAACAUGUCCUGUCAUGUCCUGAAACUAACUUUCAUCUUUUGGAGAAAGGUAUUCCAGAACUAGAAACACAAACUAGAAAUAAUACCACGAAGACAUUAGAUGAGGAAAAAAAGAUACUGGAGAAAAGGAGAAUAUUUUUUGCCGAAGUAAUGAAAAAGAGGUAUUGUUUUUCCAUUGGGUAUGCUUUUUCCUGGGCUCUGGUCUUUGAGGGAUUGUUUUCAACCCUUUACCACUUGUGCCCAAGCAGGUUCACAUUUCAGUUUGAUUCGGCCUUUAUGUUUAUCAUAGCUGGUUUAACUGUACUGUUGUUGUAUAAUGGCAGAGAGCAGGAUCGCUGUCCAGAUUCCGCCAAUGUUAAGUACCCAGUUGGUGCUUCGAACUUCUUCCUUUUUUUCAUUGUGCCUCUUUUUAUUUUUAAUUACUUUGGCUCGCUGUACAACUCUGAUUCUGGGGCCAGCAAAGUGCUGCAAGGUUUUUUUAUCGGAUUCCUGUUCAUUUGGUGGCUUGUGAUGAUUUUGUGGGCUUUUUUCAAGUUAAAUAUUCGUGACAAGAUUAAAUCUUGCUGUCAGUGGGAAUCUGAAAGUAUAUGUAACGUGUUUUUAUUUAUUUUGGGUGCCCUAGUGCCUUGUGGGCUUUUUAUGAUUUACUGGUUUGGCGAUCUGGCUCAAGUGUUUUUGUUUGCAUGCAUUGCCUGUAGUGCCGUUGCAGUCUUAGCUAAAGCUAAGCUUUGCAAUUGGGAGAAAGACUACAAGUGUAAUUGCUCUGCCAUGAAAGUUUCGCAGGGGAUUUUUAUUGUCAUCACCGUCAUCACUUUUGUGGGAGCUUUUUGCGUUUUCCAUUAUAAACCCACCACGAACAAAACAUUGUCCCCAGAAAACUCCCGUGACAAAAACAAAGAGUGCACCAUUUAUGGUUUUUUUGACUGGCACGACAUUUGGCAUUUCUUGUCCUCUUUUGCUCUCCUCAUGGGUGCAUUUGUUGUCAUGUUUAUGAAUUCGGAAAAAGUGCAAUUCCCGAAAAAAGCGAUUACCAGAAGAUACACUGUAUAACUCUGAUCCUGGGACCAGCAAAGUGCUGCAGGGUUUUUUUUAUCGGAUUCCUGAUCAUUUGGUGUCGUGUGAUGGUUUCUUGGGCUUCUUUUAAAUUAAAUGUUCAUGACGAGAUAAAUCUUGCAGUGACUGUGAAUGUAAAAGUAUAUGUAACGUGCUUUUAUUUAUUUUGGCUGCCCUGAGAGUGCCCUGUGGGCUUUUUAUGAUUUACUGAGCCAAGUGUUUCGGUUUUCAUGCAUUGCCUGUAGCCUCGUUGUAGCUUUAGCUAAAGCUAAGCUUUGAGAGAAAGACGACCAUUUAUUGUUAUCACCGUCAUCACUCUUGUGGGAGCUUCUUGCAUUUUCCUUAUUUUACCCACUACGAACAAAACAUUGUCCCCAGAAAACUCCCGUGACAAAAACAAAGAGUGUGCCAUUUUAAAAUUUUUCGACUGGCACUACCUUUGGCAUUUCUUGUCCUCUUUUGUCCUCCUUAUGGGUGCAUUUGUUGUCAUGUUUAUGAAUAGGCAAUUUUUUAAUUACUUUCAGCCUCGUGUUUAAAAUGAGGCCAAGGGUAAUUCGGAAUUGGGCUAUUCGGAAAAAGUGCAAUUCCCGAAAAAAGCGAAUACCGCGAAACCGCAAGGGAAUAAAAUAGAAGAUACUCCUACAUAAGAGGAUUUUCCAAUUUACCAUCUUCAGUGAUCCGGUAUUACAUAACUUUUGCUUUACUCCGGUCUGUGACUGCCAAACGAAAAUAAUUCUGACUUGUUCGCCCCCGAUUUCCCUUCGCUUUUGGUAUUUUACUUGUUUUAUUCUGAGUUCUAAUAGGCUAUUGAUAAUGUCAAACUUUGUUCCUAUUGGAUGCUAUGAUUAUUUGGUUUUGGAUUUUCGACAGCAAUUCAAAACUGCUCUGAUAGACUAAGAGAUGACUGGGGGAUUUAGUUAGGAACAUACGUUCCUUUACCUCUGGGGUUUUAGAGUAUGUCUUUUGAAGAAAAGAUUAUACUAUGCUGCUUUCACUUUAAGCAUUUUUUUUAAGUUCAGUCCUCAUGAACAUGUAGAUUUGCACCUUGGUAAUGAGAAGGCUAGUGAGAGCAACGCAUGAUAACAUUGAAGGGCAUCAGUUCUGAGUAUCAUAUGGAAGCACGGGGAAAAUAUAGUUAGUUGGGGAUAUUGGGAUACUGUUAACUCACCCUAUAUAGAUUUCCAAAGGUGAAACUCGUAUUCAGAGAAUUGCAAUAAGUGUCUUGCUGCUCUCAAACCUGUUGCGAGCAAGAUAAGCAAGUCAAUGAAGAGAACUAUAGAAAGGUUGAAUGUAAAUAACUUGCUUUUAAAAGCUCACAUCUGGCUAUUCUUAAAUCUUACUGAAACCACUAUAUACCUAAUCAUGUGAUAAACCGAUACAUGUAGUAACUUCAGCUAGCAUUAUAACUAACUGGACUUUGUAAAUUAUGUAAAAAUGUAAUAGCAUUUUUAUAUCAAGGAAUAAUUUCAACAUAAAGCUGUAAUGGCCCUUUAUAGUGGCCGUGAAUUUAGACGGAGAAUGUUCUUUAAGACAUUUGUAAAUCUUUUAGGUUUAUUUUCCUGAAAUUUUGAGAAUUGGAGUCAACGUUUCACAUGAUAGAAUUUGCCAUUUUCGCACUUAUUUUGGCCGGAUCAACCAAGUCAAUUUUUACAAAGUGACAUCCUUGAUCAAGAAAGCGAGAAGGAAGAUUUAAGAAAAGAAGAAAGACGCGAUCGAAAAAUGUGGUAGCUUUUCAAAGCAAAUCUUUCCUGAAAUAUUGGCUACCAAUAGAAAGUAACUUGUUACAAUCGUCUUAGAAUUCGAUGAUCUAAUCUAGGUAUUAUGCUAGCAUCAAAAGUUAUUGUUCGUAGUAUUAUGCCGGUUCAACGAUACUUUUGCAUUUGCUAAAUUCUAGAAGAAGUACAAUAAAAGAUUCUGUAAUAAACCAUG